CGCUUUCACACAUGUCUUUACCUCAAUUCUUAUAAUAAUCACUUGUUUUUCACCUAUAAUUUUACAGUAUUCUGGAUAGCCUGACACUGUCUAUGCCUCACGAGCAUUGAAAUCCCAACCUUGCGCUCCAUCAGAGUACAUAAAUAAACGCUACCACGAGCUUCAACGCACUCAACUUCCUCCUCGACAUCCCCCAUCAUGGCCGAGGCAACCCUCCACAACGCUCCCAUAGUCCUAGACAAUGGCAGCGGCACUAUACGCGCUGGUUUCGCGGGCGAAGACCUCCCCAAAUGCUACUUCCCCUCCUUCGUCGGACGACCAAAACACCCACGAGUCCUCGCCGGCGCGCUAGAAGGCGACGUGUUUAUCGGCCAACGAGCUCAAGAACUCCGCGGACUCCUGAAGAUCAGAUACCCGCUGGAGCAUGGAAUAGUUACAGAUUGGGACGACAUGGAGAAGAUAUGGCAGUGGGUGUAUGAGGGGGAGCUAAAGACGCUCAGCGAAGAGCAUCCCGUGCUGCUGACGGAGCCGCCGCUGAAUCCGCGCGCGAAUAGGGACACGGCGGCGCAGAUUUUGUUCGAGCAGUUUAAUAUCCCGGCGUUGUAUACGAGUAUUCAGGCGGUGUUGUCGUUGUACGCGUCUGGCCGGACGACCGGGAUCGUGCUGGAUUCUGGGGAUGGGGUGUCGCACGCGGUGCCGGUUUAUGAGGGUUUUGCGAUGCCAAGCAGUAUACGGAGGAUCGAUGUGGCCGGGAGAGAUGUCACGGAGCAUCUACAACUGUUGCUGAGGAAGAGUGGCUAUGUGUUUCAUACGAGUGCGGAGAAGGAGGUGGUGAGGAUGAUCAAGGAGAAGACAUCAUAUGUGGCUUUGGAUCCGAAGAAAGAGGAGAAGGAAUGGUCCACGGGCGUAGGGAAACAGGAUACAAAGAUACAGGAAUAUGUUUUGCCAGAUGGACACAAAUUGAAGGUCGGCGUUGAACGAUUCCGCGCGCCUGAAAUUCUCUUCGACCCCGAGAUAAUUGGACUUGAGUAUCCCGGCGUGCAUCAAAUCGUCGUCGACGCAAUCAAUCGCACAGACAUGGACCUACGUAAAUCCCUCUUCGCCAAUAUUGUUCUCUCCGGCGGUUCUACACUCUGCAAAGGCUUUGGAGACAGAUUACUGCACGAGGUGCAAAGACUGGCAGUGAAAGACAUGCGGAUCAAGAUAUUCGCUCCACCGGAAAGGAAGUACAGUACGUGGAUCGGGGGCAGUAUCCUGGCGGGGCUGAGCACGUUUAGAAAAAUGUGGGUGAGCAUUGACGACUGGCACGAGAACCCCGAUAUAAUCCAUCAAAAAUUCACAUAACACCGAUGAAUGCAGAUUUAUAGAAUAAACAUGCAUCUCUUGUGUCUUUAUACCUGUUGCGUACUUCUUCAUGUACAAUACCCAGCGAUUUCCCCAACGUGCUGCAAAUGUUUAUACUUCUGAAGCUUUCCUUUUCCCUUCGAUACCUUUUUUGAAUUUGGUAAUUGGUGGCAGGUCCUGGCUUCUUUUUGAUACCCAGAAGAUUAUAUUCUCAAAUCAAUGGAGAUAAUUCACCCUGGUCGUCUGGCACGGUUGUCUACAGGCCUACAUCAGCAAUUCCGGAGCUGGCGCCGGAUUCCAGGGGGAAUCGACACUCAGCGAAAGUUGCUUCGUGACAGGAUAUAUGCUAUAUUUCAACUUGAAUGUUGCUGUAGUGGUAAGAAUACGCAAACCGACACAAGUUUGUGUGACGCGGAUGCAAGCCUCUCACCCGGUGGACGGGUCUUAAACAGGCAUGGAUGCAAAGGAAAUUCAACGCUUUGAGAAUUCUUUUUUUUUUCUUCCAUUUUUGUCUAGCUAUUCUAGACUCCU